AUCAUCGAAAUAUCAAGAAGCAGCAAAGACCCGAUCACAGAAUUAAGAGCACUCUUUCAAAAUACAGACAAAUCUUGAACUGAAGAAAGGCAAACAGAGAAAGAAAAUAAAACUGCGAGCGCUGAACUGGUAAGUCCUUUACAAUCUUGUUUAAACUUUCUGGAGGCAGGAAAAUAUGCUGAGACGCCAUUUUCAGACCUACACAGCUCAAAGCCACAGCUAAUAAAAAUGGCCGACCAACGACCAAUCACUGCGGGAGUUUUGAAAUGGAAGGCGGGGAAAAAGGAAAAAGAUAACCCUGAAAAGAACGACAAAGGGAGAAACAGGCAGAUUGAUCGCGAGUCUAAUGAAAUAGUUUGUGAAGAUGGCUGGUCAGUUCUUCACUUGACAAGACCAACAACACCAGGUAACAGAGAACCCAAGACUAACACCCAAAAUAAAAGUGUCAACAAGAACUCUCCCUCAGAACAGGAAAUCUCAAGAGUGAUCAAAACACUCACAGCAGCAUUCGGGGCUGCAUUCACACCCCCAACUCCAAGACAAUCACAGACAACGAACAACGAACUCCCGGCAGCCACAUCAUCUCCACACGAACCAGCAACCACAGGCAGUCUCCCAGCACCUUCAGUCAACAUUCCAAAAGCUCCAGAAGCGGCUGCAGUGAUCACAGAAAUCACGUUCCCCCUCAAUGUAUCUCCAGCAGUUAUCUCUGAUCUCCAAGCAACCCAGAAAGAUUUCACAGCUCCAUCUUCACUCCCGAUGGCCUCACUGGCUUCUGCAGUGGUCCUAGUGUCUCCAGGGUACAUGCUAGCACCACCAAUAGCACAGCUUCAGGAUGCUACAGUUCCCCAGUCAGGAAUUAAGAACGAAACCACAGCUCCAAUGCAAUUUUUUAACCCUUCACUUUCUGCAGCAGCUCUUCAGGGAACAUCCACCACAGGAAACCAACAUAAAAUGAACAUGGCACAAAAUCAGAACAUCAUGCAUAUACAGUCAGCUCCAGUCACCUUGCAAAAAAAAGGGACAAUACGUUUUUAG